AUGGAGCUUCUUGACUUGUCUGCUUCAUCAGAAGGCUCUGACACUCAUAUUGACGCGGCCUCCAUAACUUUAUCGGAAGCUUUAAGCCUUACGGAUGCCAAGCCAGUCUCAGCCUCCCUGGACAGAGUUCUCUCGCUAAAGUUGGCAAAAUGUGCUCCGGACACAGAGGAUCCAGUU